AUGAGUUCGUUAGUUGGCGAGCAACAAGAAAAGCUGGAGAAACUACAAAGCGAUGGUUGGAGAGGCAAGUGGCUAGAAGUACUUGAAACGUGCAAACAAGAAAGCGCGCUACGCACAGCCAAGAUAACGAUGACAGGAGACUUCUUAGUUCAAGAAGAGAAAUGUCUCACUCAGAAUAAUUUGGUGGUUACAGUGGAUGGAGACAACGAGGAGAGCUCAAACAUGAACGUCAUCCUUGGGGCCGAGAAUGAUCGAAAGAACACUCCUCUGCACAUAGCAGCUUCAAUGGGGAAAGUUGCAAUAUGUAAGAAGUUAGGUCGUGCAAAUCCCUCUUUAAUUGCUAGACGUAACAUCGCCGGUGAGACACCGCUGUUUUAG